ACGAAUAUUCGAUGUAGGAGUAAUAAAAAAGCAACAUUCGCUUUCGAUUGCCCCAUUUCCUCAAAUUCUCACUCGUUGUGUUCACUCUCUCUCUCUCUCUCUCUCUCUCUCUCUCUCCUCUUCGCGUUUGCAGAUGGCUCCAUCGACUGUCAACCGCUGGAUUAGGCCUGAGGUUUAUCCUCUGUUUGCGGCCCUUGGUGUAGCCGUUGGGAUUUGCGGAUUUUCAUUGGUGCGCAACAUCUGUAUCAAUCCUGAAGUCAGGGUGAUCAAGGAAAAGAGGGCAGCAGGAGUGCUGGAAAACUAUGAAGAAGGGAAAAAGUAUUCAGAGCAUGCCCUCCGGAAGUUUGUUCGCAACAGGCCUCCAGAGAUCAUGCCAAAACUCAACAGUUUUUUCACCGACCCAAAAUGAAAUAACGUAAUUCCGACAAGUAAUUCGUAUCGUUUGUAUCAUAUAUGUCACGAUUGUUGUAUUGAAAAUGUACCUUCAUGCUUGAACUGGUUGUGGCCUUGUGGGUAGUGGGUGAUAUCUCAAACUAGGUUCAUAGAUAACAAGUGUUAUGGUGUUAAUAUCUGUGUACAGCAGCACUUGGAUGGAUGUUGAAUGUCUACUUUGUUCCCUUUGUAUUGACUUGGAUGGAUGUUGAAUGUCUACUUUGUUCCCUUUGUAUUGA